CUUGGAGCGGGUGCGAGGGGUGGCAGGUAGCCCUGGAUGCUGGGUGCUGUCCAGGAGUGCCGGGAGCUCUACUCCUUCUCGGUGUUGUGGCCUGCUUGCCUCUGACACCAAGAACAGUUAAAGUGCCAGCCUCCCCUCCACGACUCAGGGACAGGGCAGCAUGAGCCGGUCAAGGCACAUGGGCAAGAUCUGGAAACGCCUGGAAGAUGUCAAAAGCCAGUGGGUCCGGCCGGCCAGGACUGACUUCAGUGACAAUGAGAGUGCCCGGCUGGCCACAGACGCUCUGUUGGAUGGGGGGCCUGAAGCCUACUGGCAGACACUCAGCCAGGAGGGAGAGGUGGACUUCUUGUCCUCGGUAGAAGCCCAAUACAUCCAGGCCCAGGCCAAGGAGCCGCCCUGUGCUCCGGACAACCCAGGAGGGGCCGAGGCAGGAACCAAAGGACUCGACUCCUGCUCCCUGCAAUCAGGUACCUACUUCCCCGUGGCCUCAGAGGGUAGCGAGCCCACCCUGCUGCACACCUGGGCCUCGGCUGAGAAGCCCUACCUGAAGGAAAAGUCCAGUGCCACCGUGUACUUCCAGACGGACAAGCACAACAACAUAAGAGACCUUAUUCGCCGCUGCAUCUCCCGGACCAGCCAGGUGCUGGCCAUCCUGAUGGAUGAGUUCACAGACGUGGAGAUUUUCUGUGACAUCCUAGAGGCGGCCAACAAGCGUGGAGUGUUCGUCUGUGUGCUCCUGGACCAGGGAGGUGUGAAGCUCUUCCAGGAGAUGUGCGACAAAGUCCAGAUCUCUGACAAGCACCUCAAGAACAUUUCCAUCCGGAGUGUGGAAGCAGAGGUGUACUGUGCCAAAUCCGGCAGGAAGUUCGCCGGCCAAAUCCAGGAGAAGUUCAUCAUCUCGGACUGGAGAUACGUCCUGUCUGGAUCGUACAGCUUCACCUGGCUCUGCGGGCACGUCCACCGGAAUAUCCUGUCCAAGUUCACGGGCCAGGCGGUGGAGCUGUUCGACGAGGAGUUUCGCCACCUCUACACCUCCUCCAAGCCUGUGAUGGGCCUGAGGUCCCCCAGGCUGGUCACACCCCUUCAGCCCCGAGCAAGCCGCAGCCCCUCACCCGGCCGCCUCAGUGGCAGUAGCUGCUCCCACAGUGACCACACGUCUGCCGACCCCUUCAGCAGCCCAACAGGAAGCAACCCCCAGAACCUGAGUCUGUCCAAGUCCUCAGGGCCCAGCAGUCCCCUAGCCCCAAACCCGCCUCUGCCUCCCAGGUUUCAGCCCUACCAUGGCCUUUGGGGGGCCCUGACCCCACAGGUCCACUUCUCCCCGAGGCCCCACGACGGCCCGCCUGCUCUCUGCAGCAACCUCAACGCCUACAGGUCCACGAGGCUGCAGCUCGAGCAGCUUGGCCUGGUGCCCAGGGCAACCCACAUCUGGAGGCCCUUUCUACAGGUCUCCCCCCAUUUCUGAAGGGCUCCGUCUACCAGCUGCCAUCUCAGGGCCAGCGCCAGGCAUUUCUGGGCUCUCUGGCCCAUGGUACCCACCUCAAUGACUAGCAGCUUUGACCCUUCUUCCUUUUGAACUAAAGGCACUGGGACAACCUCAUUGCCUGUAUUUCAAUGUUCCUGGGCCUGAGACCCCCACUGCCCUGGGUUCCCCUCUCUAAUUUGACCUAUGCAGCACAUUCCAGAAGGUUCCAGGGAGCUGUGUGUGUGUGGGGGGGGGUGGAGCUAGAGGACAAAAUUGUGAAAAUAGAGCCCCUUUCUUCCAAAGAGCAGCCAGCACUUGAACAUUCUUUGAAUCUCUGUAAUGUAAAAAGGGGCAGAUACAGCCCAUGUUUUACCUGUGGGUAAACGGAGGCACCGAAAGACAGAGCGUUGAUGAAACCAAGGUAGUUCCGUUUCCCAGUGCCUAGAAGCGGUCCACUCCUCACAGAUUCGGAAGAAUGUGUGGGAACAGUCUGGAUGUUUCUGGGAGAGGUGGGACAACUCGCCCUCUGAAAGGUGUAAUACUGGGUGUCCCUGGGCCCGAUGAGUUAGGGAGGAGGCCCUGGAACCUGCUGCUGUAAGUUGUGUGGGGCCAGUUGAAAUCGUAGCCACCAAAGAUUGGGCAAGCCAAGGCGUCUAGGGGAUGGUUGGACAAGACAGCUUAACAGCUCAGGUUCUUGCUUCUAAGAGCCUUGGGCUAGCCUGGAGGUGCCUGAGUCUGGGCAGGUCCCAACGGCUUGAAUUGUUGGGAUCCAGCAGUCUUGAGCAACUAGGGAGGGUUCAGCAUUGACCUUGCAGCCCCCGGGGGCUGCCAGCUGUGUGCAGAUCCAGGUGCCUCUGUCUGGCUCGUUGCCAUUGUGAAGCAGGAAGGCUGAGCAGGGGCUUCCACAAGCCCAUCAUUCAUUCAUUCUCAGAUUCACAGUGUGCUCUAGGAUGGAACUAGACUCUGAGGACACAGGGUGCUUUGGGAGCACAGACAGGGGCUGGACAACCCACGUGGGGAGGUCUGGACACUUCCCAGAGAAGUAACAGUUAACCAGAGACCUAAGAACAAGGGUGUGACGGCUGGGCGCAGGGAUGUGAGCCAGGCUGCUCCAGCCUCAAAGAAGCAGGUGAAAAGCCCACACCCCUUCCUGUUUCCAUGUCCUCCCCCUGUUACCAACUCAUCUUAGCAAAUGUCUUCCGGUUGCCCAUUUCCGUCUCUGAAGCUUUGCCUUUGCUGUGGAGGGCUGAGUCCGCUAGUGGCCUCUGAACCUGACAGCACGCGGCAACCCAAGACACGCUCUGUAGAGGGCAUCUCCCUUCAGCCCAUCCCUGUUUGUAUUUGUCCCGUAUUCCUGGCAAAGGUGGAGGCGUCUUUGCUUCUGUUUUCUUUUAAAUUGUAUUCCUGUCCUCACUUGACUUUUUCCCUCCUUAGUUCCUUAAGUCCAACAACAACAAAAAACGCUUUGGUUCCUGAAGGUUUUUUAAAACCCCAGUCCCAAUGCUGCUGUUUUCCCCGCUGACCGCUGGGAUGAGGUUAGAAUGACCCGGGUUGCAGGGCAUCCUAAAUUAGAUCUCAUAAGCUGCCAAGAAGGCUUCAGGAAGGUAAAGCUCGCUGGGGUGUCAAGAACCCCAAAGGCCCGCUCUACCUCUGCCUGUGUCCGACUCAGUCCUGGCAGCUGGAACAAACCCUCCGGCUUCCAGUUCCCCUCUGCCGUCAUCUUAGGGGUUCACAAACACUGCCUCUCCUCUGCUGGGCACCUUGUCCUGUGUGAUCCCAGCCUGUGGGGAAGGUAGUGUGGUUUGCUGUGGCCAAUGGAAGGUGAGAGGAAGAGUUCAGGAUCAUUUCCAGGCAGUUGCUGUAAGAGCCAGGUGCAGUUGGCCUCGUGGGAGCCACACCUCAAGGUGGAGCCCUCCAUCCAGGAGUCUGGGUUCCUGAGACUCUGGUGAGCAGGACUGCCUACUCCCACCCCACCGACCUGCAAACACCAAGUAGUGUGAGCAAGAAAUAAACCUUUGUUGUUUAAGCCACUGAGAUUGGGGCUGUUUUUUACUGCAUCACGAUCCAGCGUCUGACUGAUACAACCCACUGACACGAGGCAGGGCCAUUCCCUUGUGGGACCGGAUUUCCAAGGGCCUCCAGCCUUG